AUGCAUAGUAAACAAAGACUCUACGCAUUAAAGGGGCUGCAACAAACUGAAGGUACUUUACUGUUCUCGGGUCUCGAAAUAUCUGGACGUGGUAAGGGUGGAAAGGGUUUGGGUAAGGGGGGCGCCAAGCGUCACCAUAAAGUUUUGCGAGACAACAUUCAGGGCGUCACUAAGCCCGCUAUUCGCCGCCUGGCUCGGCGUGGGGGAGUCAAGCGCAUCUCCGGCCUCAUCUACGAGGAGACCCGCGGGGUGCUGAAGGUGUUCCUAGAGAAUGUGAUCCGGGAUGCAGUUACCUACACAAAGCACGCCAAGCGCAAGACUGUCAGCGCCAUGGACGUGGUCUACGCGCUCAAGCGCCAAGGACGCACCCUCUAUGGCUUCGGCGGCUGA